UGUGGGAAAGCUUAAACCUCAAAUUCGUCAGAAAGAUCAACUCCAGAAUCCUGUCCAAAGCUUUCUCAGUUUCUUGUGACCAAAAAACCAACACAGUCCAAGAAAACACAAAAACGUGAGGUUCUUGAAACAGGUCAACUCCCUUUCUCAUAUAUCUUUUAUUUAAAAUCUCUAUAAUAAUCAAGAAUCACCUACUCCCCCAUUAUUACACUUUGUUGACUCUAUAUAUAUAAGGGGUGGGUGGGUGUGUAGUGUGGAUGAAAUGUACAAGAUGGCAGUAGGAAAUGGAGGCGAGAUAUGGAAAGCGCAUGCUGCAAUGUCUUUGGUACAGCUUGUCUAUGGUGGUUACCAUGUGAUUACAAAAGUGGCUCUCAAUGUGGGCAUGAAUGAAAUCGUCUUCUGUUUGUACCGGGACCUUCUUGCUAUUUCUAUUCUUGCCCCCAUCGCCUAUUUCCGUGAAAAGAGGUCGAGGCCUCCUUUGAAUAAACAGCUUCUACUGUCAUUCUUCAUUCUAGGUUUAACUGGUAUUUUUGGUAACCAACUUUUGUUCCUUAUCGGUCUUGGCUACACGAAUCCGACUUAUGCUGCUGCUUUGCAACCUGCAAUACCAGUCUUUACGUUCAUAUUUGCUGUGCUCAUGGGCACAGAAACAGUGAAGCUUCUUACUGUGGAAGGUCAGGGAAAGGUUGGAGGUACCGUUGUUUGUGUGUCGGGGGCGAUUUUAAUGGCUGUAUUCCGUGGUCCAGUGGUGUUUGGAGACGGCACAUCAGACUUCACAGCCCACAUUGAGAUAAGUGCUAAGGGUCAACCCGAGCCUUCUGGAUGGCUAAUGUCUAGUUUUCUGGAGCUGGGAUUUGAUAAUUGGCACCUCGGCGUCUUAUGCUUAAUAGGAAACUGUAUGUGCAUGGCAGCAUAUUUAGCUAUUCAGGCUCCACUUUUGGCAAAAUACCCUGCAGGCUUAUCAUUGACAGCAUAUUCAUACUUUUUUGGCGUUCUAUUGAUGAUAGGGACAUCAUUCUUUAUGACCAAUGGCUCAACAGACUGGUAUUUGACAAAAUCUGAAGUUUUCGCUGUGUGCUAUGCUGGGAUUGUUGCAUCUGCCCUGAACUAUGGACUUAUGACAUGGUGCAAUAAGAUUCUUGGCCCUGCUUUAGUUGCUUUAUACAAUCCGCUUCAGCCUGCUGCUUCAGCAAUUUUAUCUAGCAUUUUUCUCGGGAGCCCUAUUUAUCUGGGAAGCAUUUUAGGAGGACUUCUCAUUAUAGCUGGGCUUUAUUUAGUAACUUGGGCAUCUUAUAGAGAGAGGCAGCCAGCCAUGGGAACUGUUCCUCACAUUCCUCGGAUGACGGAUCCCCUAAUUUCAUAUCAGAUAGGACACAUUUUUUCUGUUCCUUCUUCCUCAAUAUCAAAGACCACUGAUUAGAUAGUGCUACAGAUAUCAUUUGUAUGUCCUUUUCUUUAUCUCCUUCAUGAUAACAUGUAGUGCACUUCACUGCUUAAAAAAAUGAUAAUAUGUAGUGCUUUAUCAAGUUCUUUUUC